GAUGAUGAAGAUGAUGAAGAUGAUGAAGAUGAUGAAGAUGAUGAAGAUGAUGAAGAUGAUGAAGAUGAUGAAGAUGAUGAAGAUGAUGAAGAUGAUGAAGAUGAUGAAGAUGAUGAAGAUGACGAGAAUGAGGGAUGGAGAGGAGGGGGGAAAUCAGGAGGACCAGGAGGAGAAUGCGAUGCUUCAGUCAAACUUGUAUCGGAAGCUUCCGUCUCUACAACGAGUAAGCACAGCCAUCAGCAACAUGACCUCGAGGCCUACAAGGCAGUCGCGCUUUCAGAACAAUUUGGACAGAUGACACUCGGCGAAUCGAAAAGGUCCAAGACAUUCGCGGCGAAACCGGAAAAGCCUAGGAACUGUACAAUGAGCAGAGACAAGUCUGGCUUCUCUCCGAACGACGAUGGAACCAAGUUCGUGCCUGUUCCUUAUAGCAGGCCCAAAAAUACGGCUACCUCUCGCCUACAGGAAGCGAAGAAAGACGACAAGAGUUCUGCCAUUCCGUACAAAAUCAUUGGUAUGCUCAGCCGCGAUCGAGGCGCAAGAGAAACGCAAAGUGAACCCCGAGGGCCCGAGAGAAAUACAGGCUCUGCACAGGACGAUUCGAUUCAGCUCACAAAAUCGUCCGAACUUUCAACAGAUAGCAACGCCAAUAUCAAGCUACGUGAAUCAUUCGAUGAGAUUGGCAGGGAACAGAUACGCACGAAGGAUGACCUUUCCCAGACGCCUAGGCCAUCCAGAGAUACUCGCUUCUCUAGGCCGUCGCACCCCGACCUGACCAGACCACCAACAGCAUUGCAUUCCAAGGGAACAAAGUUAGCUUGUCCUUACCUCAAGUUCAAUCCGGCGGUUUACGGAGAAACUCUGUCGUGCACUCGCUACUUCCCCUCCACUCACAGACUAAAAGAGCAUCUAUAUAGACACCAUGAGCAAAAGCCCAACUGCCUACGUUGCGGAAGAGUCUUUGAAAAUCAAGCUGACUCGGCAGAGCAUGCUCAGCUAGAGGAACCCUGCAAUCUCAUCAAAAAUGUCUCCAUCGAAGGUUUCGACAAAGACCAGCUGAAGAAAUUGAAAAGUCGGAAGCGGGCACGAGGCGAUAGAUCGGAGGAAGAGAAUUGGAGGAAUAUCUACCGCAUACUGUUCCCGGAUUGCAAUGUUAUUCCUGACCCUUUUUACAGGAUCCAGUACGAUGACAGCAUUGUAGAGCACAGUGACCUUCAGGAGCUAUUCACGCAAGACAAUGACUCUGGCAUUGACGAGCAGUUCUUCUCAAAACUAGAGGAAAUCGCUGAAGUCUCCCUCGACAGCGCCAAAAGGCGCGCAAUGCUGGGGCUCUUCAAGACAUUUGCUCGAAAGAAGAUCGCCGAGACGAACAAAGGCCACGGCCCGCAGCAUCCAGGAGACGCCUGUAUUGCAUCAACAAAAGCCAUAUCCUCGUCGACUAUGAAAAACCCAUCUGACGCGAGAUGCGGUGAGGACCUCACUUCGUCGAUUCCCCAAGACGCAUCUGUCGCGUCACUGGCAAUAGAGGCCGGUACAGACGGAAUUGAUGACACCGCAGGCAUUGCCUCAUAUUUCACUACGUUCGAUUCAAUCGAUGAAUACGACUUCACUCGGGCGUUAUUGGAUGAUCAGAUCCCUUCAUCGACACCAUGGCAAGAGGCUAAUUCGAACUAUAUCGAGGGAGGCCUCAACCAAUCAUGCAGCUAUCCAUUCAACGAAUAUCUGAACAUGGCCGCUAUAUUCCCAGACAACACCACAAAUGAAGGAAUCAGCGUCUAUAAUGGUGUUGGAAAGCACAUGGCAUCGAACUCUCUGAUACUGGCGUCAGCAGAAGCGGCCGCGGCAGAUGAGAAGCGCGAAGAGGCUGUCAACAUUAACAACAAUGAUACAGAGGCAGACACCUACAGGAUGAUCAAUGCUAGAGAGUGAUGGGAAAGGCUCCAAAUCCCAAACAUCAGCAAAAUCGGUGGGAAGUUGGGCUACGAUAGCACUUCGAGACAAGUCAGGGCAAGGACCUCGACAAGUCAUCAUCACGUCUGGGCCAGCCCCCUCACAACAGUCCGCGGUAGAUGAGUUCUAUCUAUACUUGAAAGAACUUUAUUGAAAUAUCCGAGAAUGCGCUAUCAAUAAAAUGGAAUGGAGAAAAGUACAUGUUGAGAGAGCUCAUAAGCCUCCCAGUAUCGUCCCUCGCCCUUCACAACCCCUAGGAUCUCACGAUACCUUCACAUACGACCAUACCCAUUGGAGAACUCGGGAUCCCGUCCGCUCUCCCAUAGAUAAGCCAAUGAGGGCCGGAUUAGUAGUUGGGUCGGUGACGACCAGCGAAUACCUGGUG